UCAGUGCUGUAUAAGUUCUUGAAAAUAUCCAAUUUGUGUAACUAUGACAAAUUAAGUGAAAAAUUGUACUUAAAUAAAUCAAACAAAUAAGUGCAAUAAAUAUAAUUUAUGUUUGGAACUGUGUCAGAACUAAACCUUGAUGUGUUUGUGUUGUAAUGUAUUUUACUUACAAUAUUAUCUAAAACAUCCUCAGAAAAUUUUGACCUGGUGAAAUGGAUUUCACCUGACAUAUCACCAGUGAAAUCAAACUUUAAAACAAUUGAUUUCCUAGGAUACUGUAAGAUUUGAUAAAUUUGAAGUGAUUUUAACAAAUUUAUAUCUAACGAUUUAUUAGUGUUAUGAUGGCAGUGAGAGAUUUUUGUGAUUUGCACCACACUUUCUCAAACACAUCAUUGGCAACACCUCCGCGCUCAAAUUCUGUGCAGCAACCCCGUCCGCAACGUAAGGAUCCAAGAUUUUUAUCUCAUGAAAGUAAAGGUUAUAAGAACUUCAGGACAUAUACAAGGUGUGAUCAAGUGUUUAGUGUUUUGCCCAAGACUCAUGUACCUUUGAAGGAGUUUUCGCGCUACACUCGGCUUCCCUCAAUUGGUGGAAACGUUCCUGGAGAGAGGCCAAAACUACUUCGCCAGUUGACUUACACUGUUCUACAGCCAGUCUACGUGAGGGGACCAUCAGAGUUAACCAAAUUCAGUCAAACUCACGAAGCCAAGAAGAAUAGUCAGAAAAUUUGGAAGAAGAGACUGCUCCCUAACAGAAUCAGGACUCAGGAAGAAGUCCUGAAGGAGCUAACUGAAAGAAAGAGGCGGAUGCAGGAGAAGUUUUCGAGAAGCGUUCAUGGACAUCGAAUUGAAGUUAGUGAGAAGUUGAUUGAUACUUCUAAAAAAGUUCAGGUAGAAGGUGUGAAUAAUGCAAAGGGAGCUUUUUGGAUAGGCAUUUAAAUUUGAUGUGCCUCUUUUGUUUUAAAGAA